AUGGAUAGCGCUCCCUCGCCGCCAGUGCAAGGCGUCAUGCGCCGACUGGAGUCCUCAGAGGUUCCUGAAACCAGCCUGGCGCCGGGGGGCCCGCGGCCUGCGCCCAGCGCCUCUCUCUCUUCUUCCUCGUUUCCCUCCUCUGCCUCGUCUCUCGCCGCCGCUGCGGCCUCGCCGACCAGCCCAGCCGCAGGCAACAAGAAGCGCCCGCGCACGGGGACUGGCGGCGGCGGCAGCGACAGAGGCAUUGCAGAGGCUGUCCGCCUCAUGCAGAGCGGCAAACUCGCCAAGCUGGAGCCUUCUGAAGAGAAAGUCAAGGAAGAAUACGAACAGUACCGCAACGAUGUUACGCGCCGCGCUUUGCAGAUCCUCACAGACGAUCUGCCGCGGCGCAUCGUUCAGUUUCUGCGGCUCGUUGACGUCAACGCAGAGCCCGGCGCCUUGCUGGUCUCCGACGACCUGCCGUCUCCCGUGUUGCGACCGCUCCUUACUGAGGAGGAACUGGCGAGCUACUCCGUAAAGCCUGUGGAGGCGAGCGAGGAGUCGGGGGCCGUCGCGUCAUCGGCGUUUUCGCAUGCAGCGUCUCCGGCUUUCCGCUGGAGUUUCUCAGUCGAGCCGCUUCUCUCUCUCUCGGCGCCGGACUCGGCGCGGCUGCGCAAGUUUCUUCAGGACAAAGUCAACGACGUGUUCAGCUCAGGGCGGGGCGACGCGCCGUCGCAGGGAGCGCCUGACGAAGCGCCCGCGAGGAAGGACGCGAGCGCGGCGGAGAACGGCAAAGCGCCUUCUCAGGGCACGGACGCGGGCGGGGCUGCGCAGGCCUCCUCCGCUGCCACCUCGGCGCCUUCCUGCGCCGAGAAGCAAGAGGCAAUCUGCGUGCGCCUGGGCCAGCAGGCCCAGUUCGUGAAGGAGGAGGCGGUCGCGAUGCGCGAGCUGCUCAACGCCGUGAAAAUCUUCAUGCAGCUCCACGUCCCACGGAUCGAAGACGGCAACAACUUCGGCGUGGCCAUCCAAGAAGAGGCCAUUCACCUCCUUAACCGCGUCGAGGAGAGCGCCUUCAACUUAUACGACACGGUUCUGAAGUACUACCUGGCCCGCGCGAAGCUCUGCAGCAAGCUGGUGAAGUAUCCCAACACGCUCGACUACCAGAUGGCCAUCGUAGAGCUCGAUAGAAAGGAGUGGGUGCACCUGAAAAUCACGAAUUUGGAUCUUCGGAACAACUACAUCAUGCUCUACGACCUCAUUUGCAAGAACUGGCAAAACGUGAUUGCGCCCAAGGGCCGAAAUCAGAGCACGAGUCAACUGGCGUUCUACUAA